AUGGCAGGCGAGGGUGUCACACCGUUCUUGGGACGCGCUGGCGCUCACCAGCGAUCGGGCUGGGUUUUUUCGAGUAUCGAGAAUGCAAAUGGGUCUGGAUCACGGGUGGAGAUACUGGGCUGGUGGGUGUGGGACCACAGCCAGGAUACACUCGAAGGCUGGGGGACGUCGAGCGACACCGGUGGAAGUGCCACCCAGGAGUGGUCGGGCGGUGGACAUUUUUUGGUCACCGGGUUGUUGCACGAGUAUAUGGGCCACGAUGUCUCAAAUAUGAGGGGUUUUGACUCCUACCGGCUCCUGACGCUAUCCCUGGCAGCUCUAAUGACCAGGGUCGGUAGUGCUGUGCCCGCGAGAGCCGACAGCGGGGCCGUGCCGCGGGCGUCACCUCCGCAGCCUCAGGUCUCACACUCCAUCACCGCCGCCGGGACGCCUUCGAUGGCACGCUCGGCGGCGAGUUUGUUGCAGCCCCACAGCAAGCGCGGCGUCGAGCCUGUUCGGUCUGGUCGGUUCGCGGCACUCACUGGGUGCCAGGGAGGCUACAAUAGUGCCAGUGAGGCGGACGCGCGAGUCGGAAGGCCGCGACCGUGA